AUGGAGAAACUAUUUCAUUCAUUGGCCACUUUUCUCUUCAUUGUAUUCAUUUCUUUAUUCCAAUUAGUAGCAGCAGGCGAAGGUUCAUUUGAUGAUAAUUUUAGCAAAAGCUGUCCAGAGACUCAUUUCAAGACUUCAGAAGAUGGGCAGAUCUGGUACCUAUCCUUGGAUAAACAAGCAGGUUGCGGGUUUGCUACAAAGCAGAGGUACAGAUUCGGGUGGUUUAGCAUGAAGCUUAAACUAGUCGGAGGUGACUCGGCCGGAGUGGUUACUGCUUAUUAUAUGUGUUCAGAGGAUGGGGCGGGCCCGCAGAGGGACGAGCUAGACAUUGAGUUCUUGGGAAAUCGAACAGGGCAGCCCUACCUUAUACAGACCAACGUUUACAAGAAUGGAACUGGUAACCGUGAAAUGAGGCACAUGCUAUGGUUCGACCCUACCCAAGAAUUCCACAUCUAUUCUGUUCUUUGGAACAACCAUCAAAUAGUGUUCUUCGUCGAUAGAGUUCCGAUAAGAGUAUACAAGAAUGCAAAUUACACGAACAAUUUCUUCCCGAACGAGAAGCCAAUGUACUUAUUUUCGAGCAUAUGGAACGCGGACGAUUGGGCUACGAGAGGCGGGCUAGAGAAGACAGACUGGAAAAAAGCCCCUUUUGUAUCAUCCUACAAGGAUUUCAAUGUUGAUGGGUGUCAAUGGGAAGAACCCUACCCUGCAUGUGUAUCCACCACCACAAAGAAUUGGUGGGAUCAGUAUAAUGCUUGGCAUCUAUCAGAUGAUCAGAAGAAGGAUUUUGCUUGGGUUGAGAGGAACCUUGUUAUAUAUGAUUAUUGUAAGGACACCCAAAGAUUCCCAAAAUUGCCUGAGGAGUGUUGGUUAAAUCCAUGGGACUAA